AUGGCCAAUUCUGUUCCUUCUGCCAAUGGCUUUGUGGUGGUCACUCAUGUGUACCCACAACAAGAUGCCCAAAGUGCCACUUCCCCCCCAAGCAGAGCUGUUUCACCAGCGUCCUCUCCACUUGGGAAAUUCCUAAAAGGAGAACCAGCAGCCCUUGGAACAGUUCAAAUAAUGACUGGCGUGGUGGUAAUGUUGCUUGGCAUCGUGACAGUAUUACGCACAGCCUCUUCUGAUUCCGGUAUCAUGUUCUGGGGAGCCAUCAUUUACAUCACUGCAGGUUCUCUCAAUGUGGCAGCCAAUAAGAAGCUCAGUCAGUGUUUGGUGAAAGCAUCACUGGGGAUGAACAUCAUUAGCACAAUAACUGCAGGGAUCGCCAUAAUUCUACAUAGCUUUAAUGUUUUCAUCCUCGAUAGGUUUGAUGAGAGUAGUGCACAGGGGAUUGCUGGAGUGAUGAUAGUGUUGUCACUGCUGGAGUUCAUUGUCUCCAUAUGUGUAUCUGCGUUUGUCUGCAAAGCCACCUGCUGUUCUAACACUGAAGUGAGUAUAUCUGUGAUAAGUCUUUACAGUCCACAGGUGGUAUUCGUUUCAAGCCAGGUGCCCCCCUCUCUUCCCACCUUCCACCUGUCUGCACCUCAACUGAACCCUUCUGAGAUGCCUCUCUUACCAACCAGUGUGGAAAGAAUGGGUGGAAAAGAUGUAGCCAACAGUGGCAACAAGAAAAUAUAA